UCCACGGCCACAUGCCCUCAUUUCGUCGCUGCUUAUCCUCUCCUCGAAGAGACUUCCACCACGUAAUUAGCACAGCAUCCGCCGGCCGCCGCCGUCAAUACCUACCCUUCGCUUCGAAGUUAAAAUAAAUAACUGACUUUCCGUCACCCAAGUGGGAGCCCUAAAAUUGAAGCCACUGAAGAUGGCGAUUCUGCCUGUAGAACUCAUCAUAGAAAUCCUCUGCCGCCUGCCUGUGAAACCCCUAAAGCGAUUCAGAUGCGUAGCAAAACUAUGGUGCUCUAUAAUUGACAGCCAACGUUUCAUCAAGCAGCACCUGCAUCAAUCAACAACCAGGAAUUCCAAUCAAAAUCUGAUUCUUGGAGGCCUGGGUCUUUAUUGCGUUGAUUUGGAUUUACUUGACAAAGCCCAUGCGAUCAAACCCCCGUUUUAUUACAAGAGUGUCGAUAGCAUCUCCAACUCUUGCAAUGGAUUGCUUCUUGUGAUGAGCGAGCCACCUGUAGUGUGGAAUCCGUUUUCAAGAAAUCACCGGAUUUUACCGGAGUCUGCUGUUGAUUACCCUAGUGAGAUCCACAGUUAUUCAAAGACUACUUAUGGAUUUGGCUAUGACUCGAGGAGUGACGAUUAUAAGGUUGUUAGGGUUGUCGAAUUCAGAAACGAAAUUAGCCAUGAGUGGAUAGGUUCUGAGACCAAAGUUUAUAGCCUGAAGUCAAAUUUGUGGAGAAGGGUAGAGGAUUUCGGUUAUCCGCUCCCCUUUCUCAAGGGUAAGUGGCGUGUGCAUAUCAAUGGUGCAUUGCAUACACUGGUGGAGGAUUCUGACUACAUGUAUUUGAGCAGAUCGGUUAGAAUUAUGGCUUUCAGUGUUGAAACUGAGACCCAUUAUACUGUUCCUCUGCCACCUGAUAUGUUGAUUAAAGAUCUUGAUAUGAGGUUGGAUGUUAUAGGAGGAUUUCUUUGUGUCGUGUGUUCUAAUAAGUCUCGGGUCAACAUAUGGAUGAUGAAGGAAUAUGGAGUAAGUGAAUCUUGGACUAAAUUUCUAUCAAUUGGUGUGCCAGAGAUUGAGCGCAACGAUAUUGUUAGGCCUUUGGUGUAUUCGGAGCAUGACAAUAGGGUUCUUUUGAACUGUGAUGAUAAAAGACUUGUUUGGUACGAUUUGAGAACUAAAACUAUUGAAAAUGUUGCUGUUAGAGGUUUGCCUUUCGUGUUCUAUGCUGAGGUCUGUGUUGAAAGCCUCAUUGCCCUAGAUGGCUCGAAUGGAAUUGAUGGGAUCAAGAAACUAGGAGGACAAGAGAAGAGGAAGAAAAAGACUAGGGACAUAAGGUCUGUGAAGCACUUGCCUCCAUUAGUUAUAUUUGCAUUUCUAUCUUGUCUUCAAGAGUUAACUUGCAUAAUAAUUAUUCAGGCAACUAUGGUUGUUAUUUUUUGGUUUCUAAUCGCCAGCUGGUAUAUACUGAUUUUUCUUAUGGUUCUAAUUAUGAAAAUAAGUAUCAUUCAUUUAAAAUUGCAGACUGGCUUUGUUUUGUUUUUUUUUUUUUUU